AUGCGGCUACCUUUACUCGACGCCGAAGACGGUCUCCAACACGCACCGAGCCGCGUUCCGCUAUCUCUGGCCAGUGCUUCGCGCCUGCGUAUGGUUCAACGCCUGGCGCGUGCGAAACGAUCGCGUCUUUCGCGCCGACCUACCAUGCCAAGUCCAUGGACGAUUGCCGUCAAGGCGGCGCGUGUCGCUCAAAUGCACUUGCACCACAGCCUCGUUCAAGAGCCCGGGCAGAUGGCUCUCCGUCGCCUUCUCCGGCUCCUCGCCCAACACGAGUGGCCGCGCCAGCACCUUGUCCCGCGGAUCGCGCUCCUGCCUCCGCCGGUCGAGAUCAUGCUCACAACCAGCGCCUACACAACGAAGAAAGUCCGACAAUUCUAUUUAGCGUAG